AUGGCACUGAAGUUAUUCACCUGCUCAUCUCUGUUCCUGCUCUUUUUCUGGAUGAAGUUUUCCGCGCAACAACCUGCAGAGGAAUGGAAUAAACAGGCAAGAGACGCUAUCCUAAAUUCUAUAGAAUUGCAAAAUCUCAACACAAACAUUGCCAAAAACGUUAUAUUCUUUUUGGGGGAUGGCAUGGGCAUAUCUACUAUAACAAGUGCUAGAAUCCUGAAAGGUCAGAAUGAAGGUCAUCCCGGCGAAGAAACACAACUGUCGUUUGAUAAGUUUCCCCACGUGGCACUGGCCAAGACGUACAACACUGACCAGCAAGUAGCUGAUUCGGCAGGAACGGCCACAGCAUAUAUGUGUGGCGUGAAAAGUAAAGCCGGAACGAUCGGCGUGGAUGACAGGGUGCAAAAGGGGAAUUGUCAAUCAAUAAAGCACGCUAAAGUCAAAUCAUUUGUGGAAAUUGCCGCCGAUGAAGGAAGAUCCGCCGGGAUUGUAACCAGCGCCCGCAUAACCCAUGCGACACCAGCCGCAGCCUACGCGCAUGUGCCAGAACGGUCAUGGGAAAGAGAUGCACAGGUACCUGGAAAUGAAAGAGCCGCGGGUUGUACCGAUAUCGCCUCUCAACUCGUACAAAAGGCCCGCAAAUUUCAGGUGGUAAUGGGCGGUGGAAGGCAAGAACUCAUGCCAACGGCUCACGGAGAUCCCGAAUACAGUUACAGGAGAGGUAGUCGUGAGGAUGGGCGUGAUCUCAUCAACGAAUGGUUUCACUCGCUGCCAGACGGAACUGAUAACAUGUAUGUAGUGAACAGAGAACAGCUGCUUGACGUGGACGUUAACAAAACAGAUUAUUUAUUAGGCUUAUUUGAACCAAGCCAUAUGCUGUACCACGCUGAAAGAGAUACAGUAGGAGCUGGAGAUCCUAGUCUAGCUGAAAUGGUGCAAACAUCUAUCCAAGUAUUACGGAAGAAUGAAAAUGGAUUCGUCUUAUUCGUAGAAGCUGGUAGAAUCGAUCAUGCCCACCACAAGGCAAGAGCGUACUUAGCCUUGACAGAUACCCUUGCGCUAGAUGAAGCAGUGGCCAAAGCUAAGGAGAUGACGAACAACGAAGACACGUUAAUAGUAGUCACUGCCGACCAUAGUCAUACCAAUAGUAUAGGCGGCUAUCCUACCAGAGGAAAUCCAAUAUUAGGCAAAAACGAUAAGGAGAGGGCAAAAGAUGGUCUACAGUAUACAACUUUUUUAUAUGCAAACGGUCCAGGCGGUGAAGAAGUUCGCCAAAGUUAUUUAAAUCACGGACGAAGACCCGAUAUUGAACAUAUUGAUACAGGUGCGAAAGAUUACCGCCCGCAGGCAGCUGUUCCAUUGCAAGACGAAAGCCAUGCUGGAGAGGACGUUGCUGUGUAUGCGACAGGUGCAUUUGCUCAUCUUUUUCACGGCACACAGGAACAAAACUAUAUCGCCCAUGCCAUAAAAUACGCGGCAUGCAUUGGAGAAUAUGCGGAUCGUUGCAAUGCCAAAACAACUGCGCCAACUACGGUGGAGAAAACAACAACAAUUUCCACUGGUGUCACAGAAAAUCAUCGCAAAUACAAACCUGUAUCUACACAGUCGCCCAGGAAUGUGAACUCUACCGUGGUUGACUAUUUAGAUGAACAAGAUGACGAUGGACACUCAUACAAACCUGUCACUUAUUUACCACCCAAAGUUGAAAUCCAUUGUAUUAUGACGCCCUCAUCGUCAGUUUUACUCUUAGCAUCAUUUCCGAUAAUUAUUGUCACCCUAACAACGAGUUUCUAUUAUUUGUUCGUAUGA